GGAUGUCUGUGUUUUGUAUGCAGAACAAUUAACUUCAUGAUGCUGCCCUGCUAAGAGGAAAUACCGGCCCAGUGAGAAGAAGCAGCGUUUUCUAGCUGCCGCCGAGCAGAGCUGGAACCAGCAUGGAGUUGAUACCUAGUAGCUGAAUCUGCUGGUAGAAACAGGCAGCUUUCCUCUAUGGCCGGUCAGGGAAGAAACAACCGAAUCCUGCUGGAUCUGGUGCAGCAGGCGGGAAACGACCUGUGUGCUGACUGUGCUGCUCCUGAGCCUGACUGGGCCUCGUACACGCUCGGCGUGUUUGUGUGCCUGAACUGUUCUGGGAUGCACCGUAACCUGCCCUCAGUCAGCAGAGUGAAAUCCAUACGCCUGGAUUACUGGGAAGACUCUUUAGUUCAGUUCAUGCAACAGAUGGGAAAUACUGCUGCCAAAGCUGUUUUUGAGAAGUGUGUCCCGUCCUUCUAUUACAGGCCGCGGCAUCACGACUGCAUUGUUCUGAAGGACCAAUGGAUCCGUGCAAAGUAUGAAAGAAGGGAGUUCACUGGAGAAAGAAACGACUUUCUGCAAACUUACAAUCAAGAUCUGUUUGAAUCCACACUCUGGAAGAAGGGCAAAGACAACAAGCAGUAUCUGAAGAGAACCUUCCAGCUGUCUCAGAGGGAUUUCACCCUCAGAUACUUUACAAAGGAGGAUUCCAAGGUUCCCAAAGCAGUGAUCAGCAUGAAGGAUCUGAAUGCACAUUUCCAACCAGAGAAGAUGGGUCAUGCUCAUGGGCUGCAGAUCUCCUACCUGGAUGACGAGCGCACCAGGAACCUGUUUGUUUACCAUGACAACGGGCAGGUCAUCGUCUCCUUCUUCAACGCCAUCCGUGCCACGCGCCUGGCCUACCUCCACAGGAAACACCCCACUCUGCAACACACUGAUGUGAGACGACUUUUCUGCUACUUUCACAUCCUGAGCUUCAAAGGAUGGAAUCGAAGCAUGAAUGAUGAGUCGGACAGUCGAGCUGAAGCAGCGUCACAUGAUCGCGCUGCGACGCAGCUUUCACUCUAGUUUAUCACGUAGAUAUUUUAGUUCCUGCUAUUUCCAGCUGGAAGCCUCUGCGCCUCGUUUAUAGCUGCUGUUAGCUUUUCAUCUCUCCUCUCAUCUGCUGCUUUUACAGGUGAAUCAUCUCCCUUCACCUGCAGCUCCCAGCAUCAGCUGCCUGCACCUCGUUACCUUUGGACACUUUUUCACUUCUGUGUUUUCUUCACCUGGAGCAUUUCUGCCCAUUCUGUAGUAUUUAUACUAAAUAUCCAUCCUUCCUUUAAGAUUUCCAGCAAAUUAAAACCAUUUACUCUGGAACUUUGAAUCAUAAUCCAAACAUUUUCCAAUUUUGAUAGAUUGAUGCAGUUUUUCAGGGUUUUUAGCGGUAAGACCAGAAAGCAGUACAUCCUUGUGAAGUGGGUGGAAGAUGUCAUAUAUUUCUGGUUUUACAAAUAAAAAUAAACAAAAAAUAUUUCAUAGAUACAAACAUGAAUAUUAAAGUUGUCUGAGAAGCAGCCAUUAAGAUCCGAUUGAAGAAUCUCUCAAUAAAGUCAUCGUCAAUCAGACAAUCCACUAAUUAUGAAAAAUAAAAAAAAUUAAAUCCGUUUUUUACAAGAAAAAAU